AUGGCGUCCGUCGAAGAUCACAAGUAUCAGCCCGUCACACCAACCCGAACCUCGUCAUCCAUGGAUUCCAGCCACGCAGAGAGCGCAGUAACGAUACCAUUGAUGAAAGACGAAGGCCUGGAGGAUUACUUUAGAACUGAGCAGAGAUCUUUGAGCUGGAAGGCGAACGCGUUUUGGGCGAACAUUGUUCUGGGCGUUGUCUUCACCUGCUCCGUUCUUCUGGUACUAUGCUGGUCUCUUCACACGCUUCUUGGGCACGAUCGCCACAGUUCUGCAAGCAAAACGCCGCCUCCAAGACUGGAUAAGGCCUAUCAGCCGGAGACGGACUUCGACAUCGUUGUCAGCAUAUACAAAGAAGACCCAGCGGCGGUUAAUGAUACUAUUUCUCGAAUCCUGUCUCUGCCAUCUGUUCCACCGAAUCACCGAGUGCUCCUCUACAGCAAAGACGAAGGCGCCGACGUUGCAGCACUGCAAGCACAGUUCCCUAAUGCAGAGGUCAUACAACUACCAAACAUCGGCCGCGAAGGCCAGACCUACCUCCACCACAUCUUGAAUCGUUGGGACGAUCUCGCGCGACACACGCUCUUCACUCAGGCUGUUCUUGACAACUUUGGCGAGGCACUCCACCGCAUAGAGAACUACUACGUCCCCGAGACAGGCAUGCUUGGUCUGAGUUUCGCCAGUGAGGUCUGCGAUUGCCACCAAUGCGCAGACCCUUACUGGCACGAUUCGAGCGGUGUCCUCGCAAAGACGUACGAGAUGGCCAACAAUAGAACAUGUGGCUGGUUCAUGUUAAGCUACAAGGGACAGUUCAUCUCGUCCGCUGCAAGGGUACGAGGAGCCGGGAAAGAAGUGUAUCAGUAUCUCUAUGAGGGCAUGACUGAACCAGAUAGCUGGGCACAUCAAAGCGAGUACCUGGGCGCGAUUCAGCAACCAGACUCGCUGAACGCACCGGCGCUGGGGUUUUCGCUGGAGAGAAUGUGGAGUGGAAUCAUGCAAUGUGCCGAUCUGGGGGUCGCGGCGAGGUGUCCGACCAUGUUGAGCGGGUGGAGGAGGAUAGGAGGAAAGGGAGAAGAUUGUCAGUGUUUCGACCGCGAGCCUGGGGAGGACUUCAUCGGGUUCAUGUAG